UUGCAGAUCAGAGAUCGAAUCCAGCAGCUUUUCUGAUCUCAGUAGGUUUCAAUUUGAGGCAAUGGCAACAUUUAAUGUUGGAUUCAAUCCUAGCUUUGAUCUUGAUUGCCCUGUCAUAAGUAGCGAAAAUGCUUGCUCUUUAAUGGACGAAAAGUUGGAUUUUGAGGUUCCUCCUUAUGUGGAGGAUGUGGUGGCAUUUGAGGUCCCCCCUUAUGCUUCCACUGAAACUUCCUGGCAUUCUAAUUCCUCAGAGGAUUUGCAGAGUGCAGAGGAAUUUAAUCAACUGGCGGUUCAUUCUUUGCUCUGUUCUCAAAGUUUGUGCGCGCAGACUGCCUUCUGCAAAUACAUUAAAGCUUAUCCAGCGCCUGCUGUAGAUUUUUUCAAACGCGGCCAAAUUUUGCACAAGAGAUGCUUAGGUGUUCUCAGAAAAAUUGAGGAGGAGCGAAAAUUGACGAGGCAGAUUUCAAUGCAAACUCCUCCUCCUCCUCCUCAACUAAAGCAAUUAAAAUCAAGGUUUCAAGGGGAAUCAGCGUUUAACCAUAUGGUAGCCGAGCGGAACAGGAGAGUCAAAAUGAGAGAGUACUUCGCAAAUCUUUCUUCUCUCCUGCCUAAAACCACCAAGAAAGAUAAGUAUUCAAUUCUCGCAAAUACCACAAGCUAUCUGCAGGAAUUAAAGCUCCGUGUUCCUGAGCUCGAACAACAAAAUCAAAUAUUGCAGGAAUCAGCUUCCAGACAGAAAGAGGAAGGAAGUAAGUGGUUCGAAUCCACGGAGAAGUCAUGUAAUUCAGACAUCAGAGUCAUUUAUAGUAGCGAUGAAGUAACUCUGGAGUAAUGGAAGAAGAGACCCUGCCAAGUGAACAUGAAAAUAAUUAUACAGAAAGAUAAGAUUUUGUGCCCGGCAAGUCUGCUGAUCAAGCAACUAGAUCUGUUGAAAAGUAAACAGAUGGAAGUCCUCUCUAUGCAAUCAAAGACACAGCCAUUUCAAUUUCGCGCUGACAUUCUCCUCAGACCAAGUGUAUUAUCUGUUUAAAACCCUCUUUAGAUUUUUGAGUUACAAUUCUCACUCUCAUCCUUCCUGUUCUUAUGAAUGUUUCAGAAUCCUUCCUAUUCUUAUGAAAUGUUUCAAGUGGAAUAUGUGCAGGGUGAGGUCUGGGAUGUCUCCAAUUGGUAAAAUUUUGCCACAAUAAUUAGAGAAUCCCUGUUAUGAGGAGCAGCCAUGAAUGCAAGCAAGAAAACCAAAAGUAAUUUAUUUUGGGGUCGAGAUUUUGUACUGAACCUGCUGUGUAAAUUCAAGGCCCAAAGUAAAAGAACUUUACAGAAAAGAAAUGAAUGUCUGCCAUUUAAAUCUAUGUAGGUCAUUCGAGUUGUCCGCAUAACUAUAACGGGAAAUCUGUUUCCCAUCGUAUUUGAAAGGGUUCAUUUUCAACUUUCCAUCGCUUUCAGACUACUAGAUUCGCUCAAUAUUUGGAUAAGGAAAAUAUAAGAUCUUUGUAAGGGCUAGGAUUGUAAAA